GAUGAGGUCACAAAGCCCCUCCACCGGAAGGCUCCUCCCCCAGGCCAGGGCUGACCACCCCCCCUCUGCAGGGCCAUGGCCAAGCCCUGGAGAAGCUCCACCUUCUGGAACCGCUGAGCUCCCGCACCUGUGAAGCCCAAAAGGCCAGGACGGGUGGGCUGGGGGACACUGGGCUGGCCAUGUGCCCAGGUGCCUGGCUCCCUGACCAUGUAUCUGUGGUGACCCACCUUUUCUCCCGCUGCCAUGAACCGGUUUCGCAACAUCAAGCGCAUGCAGCCACUCCAGGGACCCUCAAAAUGGGUCCCCACUCUGGGCGAGUUGCAGAAGACCCUCCAGAAGGGCGAGUACCUGCCCCUCCGCCCGCUGCCCAUGUUCGAGAGUAACUUUGUGCAGGUGAACAAUCGAGGGGCCCCCGUGUACGUGCACCACAGAACCAACCGUCUGACCAUGGGUGUGGCUGCCUCCCUGCCAGGCCUGGUACUGCCAGACAUCCUGCUGAUCGCUGAGCGGGGAGAGGGCAGGGAGUGCUCCAACCUCGUCCUCACCAGGAUGCUCCCGCUGGACCUGGCCCACCUCUACGUGCACGACCUGUCUGCCUGCCGCCUGAAGCUACGCCUGGUCACAGGUCGCUACUACUACCUGGAGCUGGAUGCCCCUGAUAAUGAGCUUGGCUUCCUGUUUGACCGCUGGAUCCGUCUCAUCAACCUACUCCAUGAGCCGGCCACAACCUGGGCCCCCCGGACCCUGAGCACACCAACCAUGGGCCUGGUCCAUGUGGUACCCCCUGCCUCCACCUGGCGCCUCCAGGCUCAGCCCCAGUCCAAACGUUCAGUCAUGAUUGCCAAGCCCACAUUUCCUUACAAGCUGAUGGCAUCUCAGAGACAGAAGAAGACCAAGACCCUCAAGCGCAGAUUCAAGUCUCAGGCCGUGGGCGAUUCUGUGCCUCUUAUCUGGUCACAUGCGGAGCAUGCUCAAGCUAAGAAGAAACCUACAGAAAAGUCCCAACCAAAACUCUACUUGGACACAUCUCAGACGAAAAUCCAGGUUUCUGAGAAGCCCAGCAUCACCAUCCGUACCAUCUUCAGCAUCAUUUCCAACACCAUCAACCACACACAGUCCUCUUCCAAGGGUCACUCAUCUGACUCAGAGGUGGGCACGGUUCUCGGAGGCUUAGUGGAGACCCCUGUCCGGUGCAUCUCGGAGGACAGCCAGGAGCCUUCCCUGGUGGGCUCCUAUGACUGCUUGGACGCCUACCUGUGGCAGCAGGAUGUUGAAGACCUGAUGGACCCGGAUACCAGCACCUUGUCUUCUUCCUCCUUCAGCCCCGCCCCUGGCCCUCCAGCCUUCUACUUCCCUCAUGCUUUACCCUCCGGCCGGAAGCACAAGGAAAAGGCCGGGCAGAGGCCGCGGCCAUUGCGCUCCCAGAAGUCCCCAUCUACCCGGGCCACCUCUUCGAGGGUUCCAUUCAUCCUCGACCAGUCCAAGAAGGUCUCGGCAGUGCGCGCCCCAUCCCAGAAGACCUCAGCUGCCCCUGGCCCAUCCCGGAGGGUUCCCACUGCGCCCAGUGCCCCUCAGAAGGUCCCCACUGCACCUGGUCCCCCUCAAAAGGUUCCAGCAGCACGGGGCCCAUCUCGGAAGGCAACACCUGUAGUGACCACCUCCCCGAAGGCCCCACCAGCUCACGGUGCAUCCCGGAAGCCUCCAGCUACCUUGGCUGUUUCUCGGAAGGCCCAAGCCAUACCUGCCCCAUCUCAGAAGCCCCCACCCAUGUUGGCUAGGCCUCAGAAGCCUCCAGCCGUACCUUUCCUGUCUCAGAAGUCCCCACCCACCCUGGCUCUUCCCCCAAAGGCCGUGUCCCCCACUCUCCAAAGGAAGAAAUCUUUGUUCAUCCCUACCCCAUCCCAGAAGGCUGUGACCUCACCUAGUCAGUACAAGAUGACCCCGGAGAGAGCUGAUUUUGGCCUGGGGCCCAAGAUAGGUCCUAGAAGGGAUGUGGCUGAGAGAAGGAAGCAGGAAGGGGCACCCCAGCCCAUGUUGUUCGUGGGCACCCAGGAGAUGGAUGUACUGGAGACGAGGACCCAGAAGACAUCCAUGGAGCUGCCUUUCACCACCACGAAGAAGCAGUCAGAGGAAGUCGUGAUCAGCAAAGCCCGGGAAAUCACCCUGGAUGGCCUGAAGGGCCGGGGCUUGCUGGAGGACAAGGUCCACAGAAAGAAGGAGAAGAUAUCCCUAGACAUGCCUGGCUUCAGAUCCAAGGAGAGGGGAGAGCGGCACAGGUGGCUCAAGACCCAGGAGCUGGCCAUCGAGGGAGGCCCAGAGGAGCAGAGCAGGCCCUUCUCGGUAGAAGGCCUCACGCUCGCCAAGAUGAUGAUCAUGGCCAACUGCAAGGAGCCCCCCCAGAGACAAGCUGCAGUCAGCCUGCCCUCCUGGCUCUCAGCUCCCCAGGCAUCUAUGUCAGCAGAGGGUACAGGGCCCUUCAGUCCCUGUUCUGCUCCCUUGUCAGAGAGGAAACCAGUGGCAGCUAGGAAGCAGUCCCCAUUGGGUUCCUGGGUGCCCUCAUCAGAGAGGAAACCAAUGGCAGUUAGGGAGCAGUCCCCAGUGGGCUCCUGGGUGCCUUCGAUGGAGGGGACCCUGGCGGGGUUUAAGGAGCAGUCCCCAUUGAGCUCCUGGGCACCCCCAAUGGAGGGGCCCUCAGUGGAGGGUAGGGAGCAGUCCCCGGUGGGCUCAUGGGUGCCCUCGCCAGAGAGGAAACCAGUGGCAGUUAGGGAGCAGUCCCCGGUGGGCUCCUGGGCACCCUCCACAGAGGGGACCUCAGUGGGGGGUAGGGAGCAGUCCCCGGUGGGCUCAUGGGUGCCCUCACCAGAGAGGAAACCAGUGGCAGUUAGGGAGCAGACCCUGGUGGGCUCCUGGGCACCCUUGAUGGAGGGGACCUCAGUGGGGGGUAGGGAGCAGUCCCCAGUGGGCUCCUGGGUGCCCUCGACAGAGGGGACCUCAGUGGGGGGUAGGGAGCAGUCCCCGGUGGGCUCCUGGGCACCCUCGAUGGAGGGGACCUCAGUGAGGGGUAGGGAGCAGUCCCCGGUGGGUUCCUGGGUACCCUCGCCAGAGAGGAAACCAGUGGCAGUUAGGGAGCAGUCCCCGGUGGGCUCCUGGGCACCCUCAAUGGAGGGGACCUCAGUGGGGGGUAGGGAGCAGUCCCCAGUGGGCUCCUGGGUACCCUCGCCAGAGAGGAAACCAGUGGCAGUUAGGGAGCAGUCCCCGGUGGGCUCCUGGGCACCCUCGACAGAGGGGACCUCAGUGGGAGGUAGGGAGCAGUCCCCGGUGGGCUCCUGGGUGCCCUCGCCAGAGAGGAAACCAGUGGCAGUUAGAGAGCAGUCCCCGGUGGGCUCCUGGGCACCCUCGACAGAGGGGACCUCAGUGGGAGGUAGGGAGCAGUCCCCGGUGGGCUCCUGGGUACCCUCGCCAGAGAGGAAACCAGUGGCAGUUAGGGAGCAGUCCCCGGUGGGCUCCUGGGCGCCCUCAACAGAGGGGACCCCAGCGGGGGGUACACAGCAGUCCCCAGUGGGCUCCUGGGUGCCCUCAAUGGAGGGGACCUCAGUGGGGCGUAGAGAGCAGUCCCCAGUGGGCACCUGGGUGAAGGGGAAAAUACAUCGGUGGGCAGAGAGGAGCAGGCAUCAGUGGGCAGAGGAGAGAGCAAAUGUAGAGGAGCUGUCCCAGGAUACCAUGGGGCCUUCUGAGGUGCCCUACCUCCCCGAGCAGGAGAUGGGCAGUGUCUCCAGCAGCCAGAAGAUGGACAAUGUCUCCCUGUCUCCCACCCCUCUGCCUGCAUCAGAGGGGGAGGAUACAACCCGGUCGCCAACCUCACUGACCCCCGUGUCAGAAGUGGGAGCUGGGGGGUCCCCACCGCUCAGCAGCCUAUCUCAAGAGCCUCUCGAGCCCAAGGAGAUGUCAGACCUCAGCCCUGUGACCACGACGGGGCUGUCCUCAGCGGGUGUCUCACCCUCACCCUUGGAAGUUGAGAGCGGGGCGGACCUGGCUGCCAGCGGGGAUAAGGAAGAGGAACAGGAUGUCUUCAGCCCUUCAGCCAGCAUGCUCAGUAUAGAGAGCCCUCAAUAGCGGGAUUCCGGGAACUCGAUCUCAGUUGCCAAAGUGUCCAAAGGAGCCCAGCUUGGCCAGGCCCCCAGGGUGCUGUGCACCUCUACCACUAAGAAGCAGGGUGCUGAAAAGGCCGGGCGGGGGUAUGCUCCCUCUCCGGCAGAGACCAGAGCUAUCUAUACCUUUAUAUAUUGGGGGGGCGGGGAGCGGGACGGGGGACAGCCCGCGGGGUGGCCCAGCUUCGCAGAGAUUAAAAGCCUGAGUC